AUGACGUCCCUCGACGCCCUCAAGCAACGCCUGCACCAAUUCGCCGUCGCCUUCAGGGUCCCAGGCCAGAUACCCUGGCUCAACGACGCCCGCGUCGUGUCCGGAGCCUCGCUCACGGAAACCGAUGCCAUCACCCUCUACGUCUUGGCCGCCCUGUCCGUCGCCGUCCUGCUGCUCUACGCCUCCAACCGCAAGAUCCUCUCCCUGUUCCCGCCAUGGCUUCAACCCUUUGCCAAGGAGGAGGGCCCCGUGCCGGAGAAGCGCAAGGCCUGGACGCACUGGACGCUUCUGCUCGGGUUCGUCUGCCUCGCCGGCAUCGUCCUCGCCAUCAUCCCCGCCUGCCUCAGCCCGAGACAGCCCGUGGCCGUGCUCGAGGUCUGGCCGUGGCUCGUGGCUGCGCUUAUUUCUGCCUUUGAGCGGCCGACCAAGACGCCACGGAUAUUGCUGCUGCAGUACAUGCUCAUCUUCACCGCCGGGCUCACGACUUACUCGGUUCAGUUCCUCGACCAGUCCCUCCGCGCGCUGGACCCGUAUCGACUCGCCCGAAUCGUCCUCGCCGCCACCGCCGCCGUCUUCAUCGGCCUCAUGCCCCUACGCAACCCGGCCUGGGACACGCAGAACAUCGGCAACCCCAAGCUGCCCCCCUCGCACCACGUCCGCAGCCCCGAGGACAACCUCAGCCUCUUCCGCUUCUGGGCCAUGACCUGGGUCUAUCCGCUCGCCCGCAUCUGCCGCCACAAGGACAUCACCGUCGAAGAGGUCUGGCAGCUGCCCCUCGAGUUCCAGCACACGCGCCUCUACAUGGCCUUUCGCGAGCUCCGCGGCAAACUCAUUCCACGCCUUAUCCAGGCGAAUGGCCUGGACCUCUUCAUUGCCACUGGCCUCGCCGUCGUCGAAACCGUCACCGAGGUGUCCACCAUCCGCCUCACCGGCCGUCUGUACCGCGCCCUCGACGCCAACAGACCCGAAGAGGCCGUCUUCUGGUGCCUAACCAUGCUGUCCCUCGAUGUUCUUCGCCAAAUCUCCAAGACGACUUCGUCGUGGUACUCGCGCAAGGCCUACGAGCGGUCGCGUGGCGAGACCUUCAUCGGCCUCUUCAGCAAGCUGCUCACGCGAGCCGUUCCCGGAUCCGACGUGACCGAAAAGGGGCCCGCUAGCAAGGUGCCCCGGGUUCCUGGCAAGCUUCGUCGCCUCCUAGGCCGCUGUUGUGUCGGCCGGAAGCCGUCCCCUUCUGCCGGGCAGCAGCAGCAGCAGCAGCAAAGCCCCCCCCCUGCGUCCAACGCCAAGGUGGUCAACCUGGUUCGAGGCGACACUUACGAGAUCUCGCAGCGGUUCUGGGACCUGCCCAAGCUCAUCUCGCAGCCGAUCAAGGUCCUCGUCACCAUGUACUUCCUCGUCGACAUCAUGGGCUGGUCGUCGUGCAUCGGCUUCGCCCUCAUGGCCAUCUUUCUCACCGCCAACUCGCUGCUCGUCCGUGAGCUCAUCAAGCUCGAGCGCCAGCGCACCGCCCACUCGGACAAGCGGGCCCAGGCCGUCGCCCACUUCGUCGAGGCCAGCCGCCCGCUCAAGCUGAACGGAUGGACCGCGUCGUGGAGCCGCCGCAUCAUGAAGUUUCGCGACCUCGAGAUGCACAAGAGACUGCAGAUUGCCCGCGUCACGGCCGCCAUCUCCACCAUCAACGUCGCCGGUGGUGCCGCGUAUCCGCUCGCCAGCAUCUGUCUUUACACCCUCAUCCUGCGGCGGGGCCUCCCCAACAGUGUCAUCUGGCCCUCGCUGCAGCUGUUUGGCCAGCUCGAGACGAGUGUCAAACAGGCCUUUGACCUUGUCUCGGCUUAUUGGAAAGCCACCAUCCCUGUCGAGCGUGUCAACAAAUUCAUGGCCGAGCAGGACCGCGACGAAAGCGGCCUCAACUCGGCCGGCGCCCGUGACAUUGACUUCUGUGACGCCUCCUUUUCCUGGCCCUCGACGGACGGUGUGGUCCUCCACUGCCUCAACCUCAAGUUUUGCCCGGGCCUGACCGUUGUCAGGGGCAAGGUCGGCUCCGGCAAAUCGAGCCUGCUCCUGGCCGCGCUCAACGAGAUGGAACUGCGCGAGGGCCACCUCCGCCGGCCGGACGAGCCGCUUGGGUAUGCGCAGCAGCUCCCCUUUCUGCAGAGCAAGACGAUCCGGGAAAACAUCGUCUUCCACCAAAACUUCGAUCCGGUCCGGUACCGGCAGGUCAUCCACGCCUGCGCGCUGGCGCCCGACCUCGCCAUCUUUCCCGACGGCGACCAGACCAAGCUGGAAGAGGGAGGCGUGGGCCUCUCCGGCGGACAAAAGGCACGGGUGGCCCUCGCCAGAGCCGUCUACAGCCCAUGCCGCAUCCUCCUUCUCGACGACCCCCUGGCCGCCCUGGAUCACGACACCGCGAGCAACAUUGUUCGCCGCUUUCUCCAGGGCCCCUUAGCCGAGGGGCGCACGAUUGUCAUGGUUACCCACCGAGACGACCUGGUCCUCCGCAUCGCCGACCAGGUCAUCGACAUGGACGACGGUAACGCCAGCGUCUUGUCUGACGAGCGGAUUGAGGCCGAGCUCGAGCACCCGUAUCACGCACCCACCGGAGCCGCCCACCCCGAGGAGACAGACCCUUCACACGGCGGCGCACACGAAGACGAAGUGACUGGCCUAAAGGACGCGCCUGAAGAGCCGGCCGAGACGGGGGGCGUCUCCCUCGCCGUAUAUACGAGCUACAUGAAGGCGGGAGGCUGGCACCUGUGGCUCAUGCUGGCCGUCUUCUACGGGGCGUCGCGAUACUGCGACAUUGCCCGGGCCCGGCUCCUCGAGGCUUGGGGCCACCACACGGCGUUCCAGUCGAGCGGCGCCUCUCACGGCUACUGGGGUCUUCCGAACCCCGAGCACCACCCACGCAUCUGGCUCGGCGUCCUCGGGGGCCUCUCGGCCGGGCAGGUGGUCAUGUACGCCGCGGCGCAGUUGACACUGGCAAAGGUCAGCGUCGACGCGGCGCAGGCCCUGUUCCGCGUCGCCGUCGACCGCGUCAGCAAGGCCACGUUCCGGUACCACGACACGACGCCGACCGGCCAGCUCAAGAACCGGCUCAUCUCCGACAUGGGCAUGGUCGACGGCGGGAUCCUGGCGCCGCUCGAGGCCUUUGUCUUUCACCUCAUUGCCCUGGUUCUCAGCACCGUCGCCAUCGCGACGCAGCAGCCCCUUUUGCUCAUCAUCCUCGGAGCCGUCGCCCUCCUCUUCGUCUACGUGUUCCGCAUCUACGUGCCCGUGUCGCGCUGCCUGCGCCGGCUGGAAACGAGAUACUUGACGCCCAUCAUCGCCUCCAUCGGCGUCAUGCAGGACGGCCUGGUGACGAUCCGCGCGCUCAGGGUCGAGGGCCAUUUCCACGACCGCCACCUGGACGCCGUCGACGACUUCCAGAAGCAGGACCAUUUCUUCUGGAGCGUGAACUUUUGGCUCGACUUUCGGCUGAGCAUGGCAUCGGCCUGCACCCGCGCGCUCUUGGUCCUGGCCAUGGUCUGGCUCGGGACGCCCGCCAGCGCCGUCGGCUUCGUCCUGACGCAGACCAUUAUUGCCAUUACUUGUGUUCAGCAGCUGUGUGAAAAGUUUGCCCAGCUGCAGCUCGACGCCGUCUCGCUGGAGCGUGUCAACAUGCUCAAUCGGAUUCCCGAGGAACCCAACGGCGACGACGACCCGCCCGAGGACUGGCCACGGCCGUGCGACGACGUCCGGUUUGAUUCCGUGUCGUUCCGGUACGCCGAUGGCUUGCCCAACGUCCUGGAGAAGGUCAGCUUCAAUAUCCCCGGCGGCUCGACGUGCGCUGUGCUCGGCAGGACGGGAUCCGGCAAGUCGACCAUCGCCAACGCCCUCCUCGCCACGCAGACGGCCUGCGAGGGGGCCGUGACGGUGGGCGGCAUCGACCUGGCCCGGGUCAACCGCGCAGCCCUGCGCCGCCGCGUGACGUUUAUCCAGCAGGACCCUACGCUUUUCCCUGGGACGCUCCACGACAACCUCGAUCCCGAGGGCAACUUCUCAGACCAAGAAUGCCUCACGGCCAUUCACCGCGUGCUGGGCCCGGCCUGGAGCCUCGACUCGCCCAUCGACGCCGGCGGCAAGAACCUCAGCCAGGGACAGCGCCAGCUCGUGGGCAUCGGCCGCGCCGUGCUGCGCCGGAGCGGGCUCGUCAUCCUCGACGAGGCCACGGCGUCCAUCGACCGAGGCACGGCGGCGGUGGUGCAGCGCAUCCUGCGCCAGGAGCUGUCCGAGAGCACCGUCAUUACAAUCGCGCAUCGCCUCGAGGCGGUGGAGCACGCCAACUGGUGCCUUCGUCUCGACCGCGGCCAUGUCCUCGAAUGCGGCCCGGCCAACAACUUGGGGAAGAGUGGCGUGACUGCAGAAGAGUGA